AUGGCGUCUGCUGAUCUGAAAGACGAGCUGCUCUGUUCCAUCUGUUUAUGUAUUUUUAAGGAUCCUGUAAUGCUGAGAUGUGGACACAACUUCUGCCGGGUCUGUAUUGAUCGUGUACUGGAUACACAGGACGAGUCUGGGGUUUAUACCUGUCCCGAAUGUAGAGAAGAGUUUCAGGAGCGGCCUGCACUGAUGAAGAACAUAAAUCUUCAUAAUGUAGCAGAACGUUUCCUGUUUACUCAGCCAGAUCUAGUGGAGAUCAGCGGGAUCUUGUGCACUUACUGUGUGGACUAUGCUGUACCUGCUGUUAAAUCCUGUCUACACUGUGAGGCUUCUCUGUGUGAGAAACACCUGAGAGUUCACAGCAAGUCAUCAGAACACGUCUUAUCUGACCCCAGCACUUCCCUGGAGAACAGGAAAUGUUCUGUCCAUAAGAAGAUCCUGGAGUAUUACUGCACUAAGGACGCUGCUUGUAUCUGUGUGUCCUGCAGUUUGGUUGGAGAACAUAAGGGACACCAGGUGGAGAUGCUGGAUGAGGCCUCUGAGAAGAAGAAAGGGAAACUGAGAAAUAUUUUUCAGAAACUGUCCACAAAGCGAGAGAAGACUGAGGAAAGAGUCCAGAACCUGGAGGAACGCUGGAGAAAAGCUCAAGAAAAAGCAUCUAAAAAAGCAGAGAGAGUCACUGCCCUGUUUACAGACAUCAGGAGACGACUAGAGGACCUGGAGAAGAGGGUCCUGAGUGAGAUCUCCAGGCAGGAAAAGGAAGAGUCACUCUCAAUCUCUACUCUGAUGAAGAAGCUGGAAAUAAAGAAGGACGAGCUGUCCAGGAGGAUGAGACACAUUGAGGAGCUGUGUAACAUGACUGAUCCACUGACUGUCUUACAGGAACCAGAUACAGGUGACUUGUGUGAUCCUGAGGUGGGAGGAGGUGAUAAGGACAUAAAUAGAUGUCUCCAUGAUGUAGAUGAUCUGGAUGUGGCUGUGAUCUCAGACAAAUUACACACAUUAUGUGACAUAAUAACAGAUAUAAGGAGAGGAAUCUAUGUGGAGGGUCCUGGAGACAUAUUACUGGAUGUAAACACAGCUGCUAAUAAUGUCCUUAUAUCAGACGACCUGAAAACUGCAACCCGUACACAAAAUAAUCAGAAUCGUCCAGAAACAACAGAGAGAUUCCAGAAUAAUCAGGUGAUGAGCAGCAGGAGAUUUACCUCAGGGCGACAUUACUGGGAUGUGGAGAGCAGUGAAUCAGGGGAUUGGAGGGUGGGGAUGUGUUAUCCCAGUAUAGACAGGAGGGGGCGUCAGUCAUACAUUGGAGAUAAUACCAAGUCCUGGAGUUUGAGGAGGUAUAGUAAUCAGUAUUUAGUGAGACAUGACAGUAAAGAUAUCCAGUUACCUGACAAGAUCUCCAGUAAUAGAGUCAGGAUAUGUCUGGACUACGAGGCCGGGCAGCUGUCCUUUUAUGAGCUGUGUGACCCCAUCAGACACUUACACACCUUCACUGCCACCAUCACCGAGCCCCUUCAUGCUGCAUUGUGUGUAUUUGGUAGAAUGAUUUUUAAAUCCUAUGGUUUUAGUUAUGAGUUAUUCGUAGUUGAUUAUUAGUUAAAGGGGUUGACCACCCUAAGUAUCAAAAAUCCGAAGUGCCCUAGACAAUAGCCCAAACCAUGAAGUAUUUCUAUCAGGUGACAUGUACCGGCUCUAUAUCCUGUCUCUAACCUGUUCACCAUGACAUGCCUCCCUGGAGGAGCUCCUCAGACCGGCUGUGUGGGAGGAGCAGCUGCAAAGUGAAAGUAAAAAUCCCAGCAUGCAUUGCAGCAAGCAUGUCCAGAGGAGCAGUCACAUGACAUCCCCGCCCACCUGUGUUUCCAUAGAGACAAGAGCCCCUCAGAUAAUACCAAUAACUCAGUCAUCGGUGAAUAACUGCUGUACAGACAUAGCAAUAGGAAGUAUGCUCCAGUCCCAGCAGCACAAGGACUAUGAUGCUAAUGUAUCAUACAAAUGUUACUGGGGGGAGGGGCCUGUUCAUAAACUUGCUGUGGGGCCUAGUCAUUUCUAGUUGCACCCUUGGAUUUAACCCAUUAACAGAAUGAAUAGAGGGGGAGAUUUAUCAUUUCCCUUGUUUCUGAAAAGUGGCGUUAAAAAGUUGCAAACUAUGUGUUUGCGACUUUUUAACUGUGCCUUUAAAAAAAAAAGGGCGUCACAAUGGCAGGGAGGGGGCGUGACCAGUCACCUCCAAAAAUGUAUGUUCAUUUUCGACAGUUUUCUGUCUAAAAUGAAGCCAGAAAUCUACGGCAGCUCUUAGCGGUCAUAGAUUUCUGUUUAGUGGCAUGGACCGCCAUAGGAGGGCUGCUGAGGGGGGACAGACCUUUGUUGCACAAGAGCUCUGAUGAAUAAAUUUGUACAAAUCGAUCUCACAUAGAGAGGCGCCUCCCGUCUAUCAUCAUACGACUAAGGCUACUUUCACACUAGCGUUAGCAGGGUCCGGCAGGCUGUUCCCCUGCCGGAUCCGUGCUAACGCUAGCCCACGAGUGCCGCUGGAAGUCAGCUCCGGCCCCAUUCACAUUCACUGAUGCCCAGCACGCUGCAUUUUUUGUCCAGCUGCCUCUCGGCAUGUUUGCCGUGCUGUGGCCGCAUCCCCGACCUGUCCCCAUUAAAGUGAAUGGAGCCGGAGCGGACUUCCGGCGGCACUCGUGGGCUACAGUUAGCACGGAUCACUGUAUACAGUGUACAGGGGGUCACGGAUCUCUAUAUGCAGUGCUGGGGGUCACAGAUCACCAUAUACAGAGUGCAGGAAGGAGAGGGCACACAUUCAUAGAUGGUGAGACCAGUGACUGCUGAUAUCACUGACCUCGGCCAUACUGACAGCUCACAAGGGGUUAAAGCUCCUGAACUGUUGGUCUGACUGUAAUAUCAUGUCUGUGAUAAGACCACAGAGAAGAGGGGCCAUAAACAGGUCAGACACUGGGAUUGCUCACAGUUUGUGGUCCACAGCACUUCCCUAGCUCUGCUACAUCCUCACAUGUUAGAAGGAUCCUCUCAGUACAGGAGGUACAGAGGGGGCAGGGCCUCAGUCUCCCUUCCUCCUGCAAAAGUUUCUUUAUUUCAGCUUUUAACAAGUGUCCCUGCUAAGCCCCAGCCAGCCCUGCACAGCCAGGAGUGCCAGUCCCAGAAGGAAAGCACCUCUGAUACAAGCAGGGUGCUUUAGGACCCAGACAGCAGCACACUCCUUCAGGCAUGGACGAGGUUGCUCCUCCAUGGCACGUGCAGGGAUGGAGGAGACAGUCAGCUGUGAGCACAGGACAGGAGGGGGCGUGGUGAGAGCAGGACAGGAGGGGGCGUGGUGAGAGCAGGACAGGAGGGGGCGUGGUGAGAGCAGGACAGGAGGGGGCGUGGCCUCCAAUAGCAGGAAAACCAGGCAAAUCUGCUUAAGAAGAUAUAUUAGUAAGUGUAAUAUUUCCCUACUUUCUUUAUAGUUUUAAUAAGUGCUAAAAGAGUGGCCAACCCCUUUUAGGAAAUAAUAUUACAGAAUAGGUCAUCAAAAUCUGAUCUGCUGGGGUCUGACAUCCGGAACCACCGCCGAUCAGCUAAUUGAAGAGGAGGUGAUGCUCCAUGCGAGCGCUACUUCCUCCGUGUUACACUGCCUGUCGUCUCAUUCACUUGAAUGGAGCGAGUACUUGUAAUAACACUAAUGGUACUUUCACACUAGCGGCAGGGCACUCCGGCAGGCUGUUCCGGCGGGUAAACAGUCUGCCGUAUCCAUGCUGCCGCUAGUGCGCACGUGCUGCCGGAGGUCCGCCCGGCCCUAUUGACUAUAAUGGGGGCGUGGCGGAGUUCUGGCGGCACGGCAGCGCACGCUGAGAGGGAGCCGGAAUAAAAGUACUACAUGUAGGACUUUCACCCGCCGGAGUCCCCUACCGCUAAUGUGAAACUAGCCUAAGCUGCUGAAAGGCAGACGACGGGCAGUGUAAUGUGGAGGAUGUGACGCUCGCAUGGAGCAUCUCUUCCUCUUCAAUCAGCUGAUUGGCAUGGUGCCAGUGUCGGGCCCCUGCCGGGAGUCCUCAGGAUAGGUCAUCAAUAUCAACAGGCUGCACAAACCCUUUAAUAUUCACCUAAAUAUAUGAUACAAUUAUGGUACAUAUCACUUUAUGUUAAUUUCUUAAAAACUCUAGGAUGAUUGCUGGUGAUCUGCCUCUGUGACCCAUCAUGAUCCACUGUUCUAAUCCUCAGAACCAUUAUUACUAUGAAGGUUCCCGCUACCAAGACCCUUGAUAUGGCCUAAUGCAAACUAUCAGGCCAGAAGUGGUUUCUCCAGCAGUAACAGCUGAUAGACGGGGGUUGGGAAAACUAGGGGGAGAUUUAUCAAAACUGGUGUAAAGGAAGACUGGCCUAGUCGCCCAUAGCAACCAAUCAGGUCCCACCUUUCAUUUUUCAUAGCUCCUUUGGAAUUUGAAAGGUGCAAUCUGAUUGGCUGUUACGGGCACCCGUUUUGAUAAAUCUCCACCGUGAGUUUGCAGCUGAUUGCUGGUGGUGGUUUCAUGUAGAUAGAAUUAUAUGUCAAAUCUACAAAACAGAUACAGAUAUAUUAUAGGGUUAAUCAGAACAGGAUUUAGGACCGAAAAUGGAAUGGAUAUUUACUUUAAACGGGUAGUACAUUGGGCAGAGUGUUUAGUGAUGGGGUGGGGGAUGGGGGGCUUUUAUAUCUGUCUAUGCCCUUGAAAAAGCCCAACAUAAUACAAUCUGACAGUAUGUUCUUGUUGGCAGUUUGUAGGUGGCAACAGGUGAUAACAUUAAUGGUUACAAAUAAGACAAACAGCUGUAUAAUUAUAUAUACAUUGAUUUCAUUGAAGAUAGGGUUUCACUUUAAAUUAGUAUGCUGGGUAAAUAUGUUUUUUUUUUUUUGUUUUUUUUAAAUUUUCCACUAAAAUACUUUAGAUUUUAGGAAAGCUGGUUAAUUUCAUGACUGCUCUUACAAGUGCCACAGGGGUUGUCACUAAGCUGUUCUAGAGUUCUGAAUGGCUCCAUGGCCUAGAUGUCACUACAACCUCCGCACCCUAUCAACUAAUACCUCGCCAUGUAUAAUAAACAGACAUUUUCUUGCAUAUUAAUUCUGUUCUGUUCAAUUGAAUGAAUUUCUAUAGAAAAUUGAAAAUACCCCCCCGGGUACCCUACAGCACGUUUUCUAGUAUUGUUUUAUGUGGUCUGUGCAUAUGUUCUACCACCAGAAGUCAUCCACGGACUGUAAGAACAGGCCAAGGGCUGUUCCCCUAAUGUCAGUGUGUAGUGUGGCUCAGGUGGGGUUGCAAUAGGAACGAUGGCAGUGACACAGUUCAAUGCGGUAACAGUCAAGUUUACGGAAUAAACUGCGGAUCAACAGGGCGGCACUCUCAACCAGUAUCUGGUAUUAGAAAGACACAAUUAUGUCUUGCAGAGGGACAGAAUUCAUUCCACAUUGCAAAUAAUUCAACUAACAGUUUCUUCUAGGCAAUCAGAUACAAGUCAAGGCGCCCCUAUCACCAUCUUCAGUGCCCAACGCUUCUUAGCUGCAGCCGUGAUCGUCAUCAGAUCCCCUCACAUCCCUGCCUAGUAGAAUGUCAGCGGCAUAGCGACAUCCAACCUCUACAGUCCUUGGGCACAUGUCUAGUUACACCAGGAGAAACACAAUGUCGUACCGUCAGUGAUCUCAGCACUGCACAACACUGUACAGUUAGGGACAGUUACUAAUACAAUUUGGCCACUAGGUUCUACAUGGGUCCUCACACUGGUCUAGGGAUGGCAUCUGUGGUUUUAUAUUACGGUACCCCAGCAUUGUAUUAGGAUAGACAAAGCCAAUAUCAUGGUAUUACAUGAAUUAUUUAGAGCAGGGUUCAUCUCCAGUCCUCAGGGACCACCAGCCGGUCAUGUUUUCAGGAUUUCCUUAGUAUUGAGCAGGUGAUAUAAUUACUGUCAACGCAUCAGGGUGUAUCACAGGUACAGUAUCAUUCUGUGGUAUAUUCUCAAAUCAUGACCGGCAGGUAGGUCCCGAGGACUUAAAUUGGGGAACACUGAUUUAGAGGAUUCCUCCAUUACAUGCAGGCUAAACUGGGGUUGUAAUUAUUAUUGUCUGAAAAAUUACAGACAAACACAAUCUAAAUAAACUAAAACACAGAAACAUUUGUACAUUUCUUGUAUUUUAUUGAGCACAUUGAGUAACAUCCGCAAUGCAUAGAGAAAAAAUAUAAUAUGUGAACGCGUUUAAGUUAGGUGACGGCCACACAGUCAGGUUUCCUUUUGGAAGCCAAAAUCAGAAGUGGAUCAUAAAAAGAGAGAAAAUAUAAACGACAGAUACAGCUUCUCCUUUUAUUUUAUUUUAUUCAAUCCUGACCAUUUGGCCGUACCCUUAAGGCCU